AUGCGAGUUUUACCGCUUUCAUUUCUGUUAUUAUUUGGAAUAAUAUUGCAUUUCGAAUUUAUAGAAGGUCUGAAUAUUACAACAUAUCAUCGGAACUAUGAGGGUUACAAAAUCCUCGAUAUUCAGUUGGAAAAUCCAAAAAAUUACAAAGUAUUCCGAGAAAAUUUCCAUCCAGAUGUCAUUGGCCGUGGUGAAGAAGCUUACAGCAUGCGCGUGCUAGUAGAACCAUUUAAAAUGCCGACAAUAAAGAGUUAUCUGAAGAAAAACAAACUGACAUUUAAGAUUAUUAAUAACAAUGUGGCUACAAGUAUGCAGGCGGAGAAAGUGUUUCAGCGUUCCAGUCGUUCCGCCCCUAACAAAAAUGACGCUAUCGAUUUUCAUAGCUAUCAGCGUUUUGACGUUAUCAAUAAUUACCUAGAUAAGUUGGCAGCGGAGUUCCCCCGGCAAGUGAAUAUUGUGGAACUAGGUAAAUCAUACGAGGGUCGUAGCUUAAAAGCCAUUCACAUAAGGCAAAAAGUUGAAGCAACAACGAUGAGGUCAAAGAAACCACUAAUAUUUAUAGAUGCCGGCAUACAUGCCCGAGAAUGGAUAUCCCAUGCCACAGCAUUAUAUGCCAUACAACAAUUGGUGGAAAAUUCAACAUUUUAUCAACGCGAAUUGGAAAUGUAUGAUUGGCUAAUAUGGCCGGUGGUAAAUCCUGAUGGUUAUGAAUAUUCGCAUCAGUAUGACAGGUUUUGGCGUAAAACAAGACAACCAGAUCCAGAGGGCUACUCUCGAUGUCUGGGUGUUGAUCUAAAUCGUAAUUUUGAUUUUUAUUGGGCACAUACUGGCAGCUCAUUUGAUCCGUGUGAAACGGAUUAUCAUGGACCCGAGGCAUUUUCAGAACCCGAAGCAGUUGCCUUGAGAGAUUUAAUGUUCGAAAUCAACGACAGAU